CCAGGCCGCUGUAGAGUCGUUGCCCUCCCGCCUGUGUUCCCAUCCCGCCAUGUCGGCGCUUCGCAGAGCAAGUUCGAGAAAAGCAGAGGAAAGGGGAGGCCGCAGUCCGCACGCUGACCGGGGCCAGCCCAGUAUCAAAAGGAACAAAUCCAAGCAAGCAACCUGGUGGAAGUGGUUUGCAGUUCUGAUAUUAGUUACCCUUUCUGUGCUUUGUUUGGUUGUGCUUUGGGAUUAUCUGGACGAGAACGAUUCUAAAGAAGUGUUUGCUCGGCAGACUGAUAUCUUAGAAGGAAAAUUUUUUGAAGUACCAUGUUCCAAAGAUUAUGAAAAUUACCAACAGUUUGCAGGCUGCACACCAACAAAAUGUGGCAGGGCGGUGAAAGACACAGUGGUAAAUCGAGAGGAGGCAGCAAAGAUGCUACGUAUAGCAAAGAGAGGGUUGUCUCUGGGCGGAUCGGAUGGUGGGGCCUCCAUUCUUGAUUUGCAUUCUGGAGCUCUGUCAAUGGGGAAACAGUUUGUCAAUAUCUAUAGGUACUUUGGUGAGCAAAUAAAGGAAUUAUUUGAUGAAGAAGACUUCGCAUUAUACAGUGAUGUGAGAUGGCGAAUUCAAAAAGCAAUAGCUGAUACAUUUGGGAUUGACUCAACUCGCUUGCACCUCACAAAGCCCACUUUUUUCUCAAAGAUGAACAAUACAGAAGCCAAAACAAUGCAUGAUGAAUAUUGGCAUCCACACAUUGAUAAGGUGACUUAUGGAUCAUUUGACUACACUUCAUUACUAUACUUGUCUGACUACAAGAUCGAUUUUGGUGGUGGAAAAUUUGUAUUCGUUGAUGAACUUGCUAACAGAACAGUAGAGCCUCGAAUAGGUCGAGUUUCAUUCUUCACAUCUGGCUCGGAAAACCUCCAUUACGUGGAAAAGGUGGAGUGGGGCACACGUUAUGCCAUCACUGUGUCCUUCACAUGUGAUCCAGCCCAUGCCAUCAAUGAUCCUUCAUUACCAUGAACUGGUUGACAGACCGAAGAGCAGAGGACAAGCAUCUUAUCCCUGGAAAGUAGUUAAUGAAAACACAAUAGAAAAUCAGUUGUUGAUUUUAACUAAAUUAGAUUAUAUGAUGAUUGCUAGCUAAAUACCAAGGGAAAAAUGAGGUAUUGGUAAUUGGGCAUUGGUGUCUCAUCACUAUCAGUAUUUCAAGAGAGUUAAUUUAAUGGUCGAUGAUUACUAAUGAAGUUCUGAAUACAUGUUAAAAUAUGUUAACUGUUAUGUCCUAUUUCAGUUCAGAACUGAUUUGACAUUGCAUAUGGACUUUCAAUUGAUCAGAUAUUCUCACUUUACACUUUAAUAACUUUGUGAACCUCACUGAUUGGGUAUUAAAAUUAUUAAUAGACUGGCCAAAUAUUGAAAGUAUUAACUAGUUGAUGAAAAACUUAUUAAUUAGGUAAUAAGAUAUUCUCAGUAUUGAGGGACACAGAGGAAACUGGCUGAUCAAGUACCAAACUUCCUAAAAAAAAGCAAAAAAAAACCUGCAGAUGCUGGAAAUCUGAAAUAAAACUAAUGAAUAAUGAUCUUGACAUGGAUCAAGUAUUGAUGGAGCUGUUAUUUGUGUUGCAAUUUGGACUUAUCUAGUUUGUACAUUUUACCUUUUAUUGAAGCCUACAUGUAUUCGGUACAAAUCUUGUGCUUUCACAAAACAAGAAAUAUUCAUAAUUUUUCAUGUUUGUUUACUAAAAUUAAAAUCAGAUCAACAUUGCUUUAUUGAGGAGCUUUCAAGAUAGCUGUUCCUGGUGCAGAAACUUUCACAAUAACCUCUGGCAGUGCCUGUACUUGAAUAAAUUUGAUAAGAGAAUCUAUGUAAAUAAAUGAUGUGAGCUUUGGGGUUUAAAACAUGACAUUGUAUCUAACUUAUUCAAACCUUCAGCUUUAAAUAAUUCUCUCAAUUACCUGCUUUCUCAAAUAGAGUAAAACAGCUAAUAAUAUGGAAACAUCUCAUUUCAUUCCAUUUAGUUAUUUUACUCUUACAAUACUUCAUGUUAGGAAUGAAUGUUUCAAUGGCAUUGACAUAACACUGUAUGUUGUGUAAUGGGGUUUAGUGUACAGAUAGCUAUAAAUCAAAUGACUUAAAAUCUAUUCUGUUCGAACUGUUGUGUUUUCAAAUAUUUCUCCAUUUUGUGCAAUUUAUUUUGCUGUUUUUUUCCAGGAAUGUAAUCUUUGAUCUCCAAGUGUUACAAAUUCUGAUUACGUGAGCAGAACUUGAGUGCAAUACAGCGGCUGUACAAGUGAUAACGUUCUUCAAAUCGAAAACUGGUAAUCCUCAGAGACUGCUGCCAUAAAGGGACAGCAUGCACCUACACUGUGUGCUACAUAGGUACUCACAACUUAAUUUUAAUCAAUCAUUUGAGGACACAAGCUUUCAUCCAAAGCUGCAUUACAGAUCUUUUCUAAACUUGCUUGUUUGAACUCAGAAUUCUGACAAGUGAAUAGACAAAUCUCUCAGACACAAUUUAACUUGAACUUUAAUACUGCAUUUCUAAAUCAUCUCAAUCCAAUUGCAACACUUUAAUACUAACCUAAUACAGUUGCAUCACAAUAAUUUGAUAUCCAGCAUUUUUAAAUUUGGAAUGGUCAUGAAAUAUGUGUGAAUGAACAACUAAAUACUGAUAAAAUUGCACAUUAGAUAAUUGGUCAUUGAAAAUUUUAAAAGCAGAGCAAAUUUUGGCUCAGUCAACAUGGUUUAUAAAGGAGAAGCCAAGCUUGACAAAUCCAGUAACAAUUUUUGAAAAUAUAACCAGCAAGAUAGAUUGGGGAACAGUGGAUUUAAUAACUGCAAUUUCAAAGGCAUUUGAAAAACCAUCACACAGAGGUAAUAACAUAGCCUGGGUUUGGGAAAAUAUUAAUAUGGAUUGAUUAAAGAACAGUAGGUAAUAGGAAUCAAUGGCUUAUUACAUAUAUUCCCAAUAUUUAUGCUUUAUAGUCAUUAAUAUCUCUGCUUUUAUCUUAUUUUUUUUCAACUUUUAAAGAUGUGUUUAAUACUGACACUUCAUUCUGUUGCAAGAACUCCUCCCCUUGUGAAAAUAUCCAACAGGCUGGCAUUUGUCCCAUGCUUUUUUUUCCCAUAGAGGAUAACUUUGGGCAUGAACACCUUCCAAGGUAAAAAUGUCUGGACUUGGCCAAUUAAAAGUGUUUGGCAUUAAUGAAAAUAAAAGAUGCUUUGGGAAUUUAAGCACUUAGCUGACACUGAAUCCUAUCAAACAACAGGCACCAUAUAAAAUGUGCCAAGAUCAGUUCCACAAUAGACUCACUGAGACUGAAAAUGAAUGCAGAGAGAGAUGAGAAACUGCUGCACUCUGGUUUUCACUGAAACUUGAUUAAACAUGGCUGACUCAGUGAUUCAACUCGAUGUAAUGACUCUGCUCUGUGCAGACAGGACCUCUCUUCAAGGAAAUCCAGAGGAGAUGGAAUCAGUGUGUAUAUUAACAAAGGUUGGUGCACAAGUCUAUCACUGAUCUGGGGAAACUGAACAUCUUACAAUUGUAAGCCUGCUAUAUUAUCUGCUCAAGGAGCUUACUGCUGUGUUCAUUACCGCUGUCUACAGUCCCUGAGCAUGAAUGCCAAGUACCCACUGGGAGAUGCUCUGCAAAACAAGCAACUGGAUGGUCUCUUCAUAAUUGUAGGAGACUUCAAUCAUAUUAAUCUGCAAGACAUUUUACUCCAAUUCCACCAACAUAUCACCAUGGCCACAAGGGAAACAAACAGACUGGACCAUGUGUUCUUUUAGUUUAUUGUUUUCUUCUUUCUAUUUGCACAUUCAGAGCUGUGGGGAUGCCAUCUGGGAUAGCUGAAUGUUCCUCUUGCAGGAUGUGGCAAGGCAGGGAGACCUCCAGUGUCUCUUGAUGACUACAACUGCGAGAAGUAUAUUUAGCUGCAGCUUCUAACAAACCGCAUUAGGGAGUUGGAGCUGGAACUGGAUAAACACCGGAUCAUUCAGGAGGCUGAGGGGGUGAUAAACAGGACAUAUAGAGAGGUAGUUACACCUAGUGCGCAGGGCACAGGAAACUGGGUAAAAGGAGAGUGAAAGGGGUUAAACAAUCAGUGUAGUGUACGCCUGUGGCCAUCCCCCUCAACACCAAGUAUACCAUUCUGAAUUCUGUUGGGGAUGGGGUGGGGGGUAUGUUAGUAUGAUGGUAUGUUGCCAUCUAUAUAAGAUAGUAUGUUGCCUGCCAGUUGCCAGGGUCUGGGACACCUCAGACUGAGUCCACAGCAUUCUUAAUUUGGACGUCCAUGUAGGUACCAAUGAUAUAGGUAGGAAGCGGGACGAGGUUUGGCAAGUGAGUUCAGAGAAUUAGGUGCUAAGUUAAAUAACAGGACAUCCAAUGUUGUAAUCUCAGGAUUGCUACCUGUGCCUUGUGCUAUGGAAGUCAGAAUUAAGAAGAUCAUACAGUUUAACUUGUGGUUAAGGAGAUGGUGUAGGAGGAAGGGCUUCAGAUUUUUGAAUUAUUGGCCUCUCUUCCAGAGAAGGUGGAAUGUAUAAAAGAGAUGGUUUGCACCUAAACUAG